AGAGUCUGUUUACGGCAGUGUUUUGAAAAGUCCGCUAGCAUGAGCGUUAGCAUGAGCGUCGAAGGUGUGAUUUAAGACAUGAUUUCUCAUUUAAAGCUUCAUCGUGAAGCACCGACAUGAGCGACGCGACGGAGAGCCGAGAGCAGCGCGCGACGAAGAGUCCCGAAGCGGUGGAGAAGAGAGGGCCGUACAUCAUGUCCAAAGCUCCUGCUUUCCACAGCACGCUCCAGAAGCACAGAGACACGGCGAGACGAGCUCUGCAGAAGAGAGGACUGGCUUCAGGGAGGCCUGUGCUUCAUCAGCCUCGACGGCAACCCAAGACUGUGAAGUUUAAUAAAGGAUACGCGGCUCUGAGUCAGACCGGAGAGGAUUCACUCGUCUCCCUCGAUUCAGACAGUGAUGCGGAGCUGGACUGUUCAUCUGGAUAUUCUUCAGCAGAGGUGCACCCGGACCUGAGCAGACAGCUGCUGAAGGACGGGUAUCAUCUGGAUGAAAUCCCCGACGACGAGGACCUGGACCUGAUUCCUCCGAAGGCCCUGAGCUCAUCGUCCUGCUGCUCCUGCUGUGUGCAGUGACCUCCACCUCGACCC